AAUCAAUUCAAUUUAUUUCAAGUCAUCAGUCCGGAUGUGAUGUCACUUGUCCAUGAUGUAAUGUAUAGUUGAUUGCUAUUUCAACAAAUAUCGCACAAGAUCUAAAGCAUUAGUCAAAUCUUCUCGUCCAACGAGCGCAUUGGAAGUGAAAAACAGACGCUUAUUUCAAAGAUUUCGUUUACUACUCCAAAUUGUUCUUCUCCCUUAACUGCUUUACAUCGACGCACUUCGAUCAAACUAAGAUGACUGACAACAACGACGUCCAAACUCGCUCAAUCGUCCGAAACGUUUGGAUGUCUUUAGCGAUAUUUCUGAGUAUUUUUGGCAACCUUCUUCUGAUCAUGGUCAUUUCUCGUCGACAAAGGUUCCACAAUGUUACCAACGUGUACAAUUUGAAUUUGUCCUUCAGUGACUUGUUGAAGGUUAUUUUCUACAUCCCGGUAUAUCUAAUUGUGGCGGAAAGGAGAAGCUGGCCCUAUGGACUUGGUGGGUGUCAGGCGCUCAAUGUGAUUUUAUAUACCUCGUUUGGGGUUACUGUGUUGACACUUAUGAGUUUGAGUUUCGAGAGAUAUCAUCUUAUCUUACAUCCUACGAAAAAACAG